AUGGAGCUUCUAAAGGCCUUUGAUGAUAAAAUCAAUGCUUUUUUGGACAAUAUGUUUGGACCUCGAGAUACUCGAGUCAGAGGAUGGUUCAUGUUGGACUCUUACCUCCCUACCUUUUCUCUUACCGUCAUGUAUCUGCUCUCCAUAUGGCUGGGUAACAAAUACAUGAGAAACAGGCCUGCUCUCUCCCUGAGGAGCAUCCUCACCUUGUAUAACCUCGGCAUCACACUUCUCUCCAUGUACAUGCUGGCGGAGCUUAUUCUCUCCACUUGGGACGGAGGCUACAACCUUCAGUGUCAGGAUCUCGCCAGUGCAGGGGAAGCCGAUGUCCGGGUAGCCAAGGUGUUGUGGUGGUACUACUUUUCCAAAUUAAUAGAGUUCCUGGACACGAUUUUCUUUGUUUUGCGGAAAAAAACCAGUCAGAUUACUUUUCUUCAUGUAUAUCAUCAUGCCUCUAUGUUUAACAUCUGGUGGUGUGUUUUAAACUGGAUACCUUGUGGGCAAAGUUUCUUUGGACCCACUCUGAACAGUUUUAUCCACAUUCUUAUGUACUCCUACUACGGGCUGUCCGUGUUUCCGUCGAUGCACAAGUAUCUGUGGUGGAAGAAAUACCUCACCCAGGCUCAGCUGGUGCAGUUCGUGCUCACCAUCACCCACACCUUGAGUGCCGUUGUGAAACCCUGCGGCUUCCCCUUCGGGUGUCUGAUCUUCCAGUCUUCCUACAUGCUCACCUUAGUCAUCCUCUUCCUAAACUUCUACUUCCAGACAUACCGAAAAAAGCCAAUGAAGAAAGAGACGGAAGAGUUACCAGCAGGGAAAGAAGUUAAGAAUGGUUUCUCCAAAGCCUACUUCACUGCAGCUAACGGGGUGCUGAACAAGAAGGCACAGUAA